GGUAAUUGAGAAUGGGCCCUCAACGAUGCUAAGUCUACAAUGGGAAGUGUCACACUCCGCUAUUUCUGCUAUGGGUGCCUCUUCACGUCCGUGACCUGGACACUUCUGCUCUUUGCUUACUUCAACUUCAGUGAAGAGACCCAGUCUUUCAAGAAUGUGCCCAUCAAGGGGCUGGAACCGCAGAGGCCGUUUCCAAAAAAAUUCUUCCCCCGCUUUACCCGGGGGCCGGUUCAUAAACCUGCUUUGCAACAGAAAGAGAACAGGAUUGGAAAUCCUUUUGCAAAACAUGUCCAGGACCCAGUGAAGAGGGAGGUAGAUUUUUCUCCUGAAAUGGGGAUGAUUUUUAAUGAAGAAGAUCAGGAGGUGAGAGACUUGGGCUAUCAGAAACAUGCCUUCAAUAUGCUCAUCAGCAACCGGCUGGGAUACCACAGAGAGGUACCCGAUACAAGAGAUGCAAAGUGUAGAGAGAAGUCCUACCCCUCCGACCUGCCCUCUGCCAGCGUUAUCAUCUGCUUCUACAACGAAGCCCUUUCCGCCCUGCUCCGCACGGUGCACAGUGUCCUUGAUCGCACCCCCGCCCACCUUCUGCACGAAAUUAUUUUGGUGGAUGACAACAGUGAGUUGGCUGACUUGAAGAAAGACCUGAGUGAAUAUGUUAAGACUCAACUUCCCAAAAGCACCAAGUUGGUAAGAAAUGAAAAGCGGGAGGGCUUGAUCCGAGGAAGGAUGAUUGGAGCCUCUCAUGCCACAGGAAAAGUGCUCGUGUUCCUGGAUAGUCACUGCGAGGUGAACAAGAUGUGGCUGCAGCCUUUGCUGACACCCAUUGGAGAGGACCGCAGGACCGUGGUGUGCCCCGUCAUCGACAUCAUCAGCGCCGACACGCUGGCCUACAGCUCCUCGCCCGUGGUGCGCGGGGGCUUCAACUGGGGCCUGCACUUCAAGUGGGACCUUGUUCCUCUCGCCGAGUUGGAAGGGCCUGAGGGAGCCACGGCUCCGAUCAAGUCACCUACUAUGGCUGGAGGCCUGUUUGCUAUGGAUCGUGAGUACUUCAAUGAACUUGGACAGUAUGAUAGUGGCAUGGACAUCUGGGGAGGAGAAAACCUGGAAAUAUCUUUUCGGAUCUGGAUGUGUGGGGGGAGACUUCUGAUCAUCCCCUGCUCCAGGGUGGGACACAUUUUCCGUAAAAGACGCCCCUAUGGCUCACCAGGGGGCCAGGACACUAUGGCUCAUAACUCCCUGAGGCUGGCACAUGUGUGGAUGGAUGAAUAUAAGGAGCAGUAUUUUGCUUUGAGACCUGAACUAAGGACCAGGAGCUUUGGAAAUAUUACUGACCGUGUAGAACUGAGAAAAAGACUGAACUGCAAGUCGUUCAAGUGGUAUUUAGACAAUAUCUAUCCUGAGAUGCAAAUAUCUGGCCCCAAUGCCAAAGCUCAGCAGCCAGUUUUUAUUAACAGAGCGCAAAAGCGACCAAAAAUAAUUCAGCGUGGAAGGGUAAGAUCAACUUUUCCUUAAAA